AUGUCCACCGAAGUUCCUUCAGCGCCUGAGCUGGAGAAGAGUCGCCAGAAGAAGCCCUGCUCUUUCACCAUCGAGAGCAUCCUGUCGGGCUCGGCGGAGAGCCGAGCCCCCGUCCUCUUCCCCUUCUGUUUCCGAGGUAUUUGGGAGCAGCAGGACCCCAAAACCUUGUGCUUUUGGGGGAAUCUGGCCACCAGCGAGGAAGAGGAGACGGAAGAAGCAGAACCAGUCGGGUCGUCGUGGUGCGGCUGUUGCUGCUGCGCCAGGGAGCAAGUCCGCACCUGGCAAGAGGGCGCAAAUUGGCUGGGGGACACCAGGUACGCGUGGCCCAUGAGGCUCUUCUACCCCCUGGCCAGGCCUUGCAGGAAUCACCGCGGCAGCCCGAGUGAGCUUCAAAGCUUCCAGCAGAUCCAGCGACGGACUCGGAGACAUCGGACCAUCUUCACGGAGGACCAGCUUCAGGCUUUGGAGACCCUGUUCCAUAAGAAUCAAUAUCCAGAUGUGAUCACCAGAGAACACUUAGCCAGCCAGAUCCACCUGAAGGAGGAGAGAGUUGAGGUUUGGUUUAAAAACCGCCGAGCCAAAUGGAGACAUCAGAAAAGAGCGACGGCUUCGUCCCUGAUCCUUCCUGGAGCCAAGAUGUCUUCCGAAGAGAACUGUUAACGGACGGGUUCGAACCCAG